AUGUACUUUCAUUGGACUUCGUGGGCUUCACUGAACUCCAUGGACUUCACUGUACUCGGUGGACUCGAGGAGUAUACAGGAGUACGUGAUUUCUCCCUUGUUAAAGUUCCUUUCCACUUUCGUCAUGUAAUAGUUCAACAAGCACCAUGGAUGACAACUAAUGAAUUUCAGCUUGCUAACAAAAUAUGCUUUGAUACUAAAAUCACAAUUGGUAUGCAUUUAUUGCCGUUGCUGCAGAAGAAAGGGGAAUUUAAAAUGAGUAAUUCAUUAGAUAAACGUUAUACAUCUCCACCAAAAUUAUAUCAAUAUCCUAUUUGGGAAUUGCCAGCAAGUAACGUCAUAUUGUCUCAUUCAUUAUUGGCAUUAUCGGACUGUAAAGAGCUUAUAAAACAGAAUGAAUCAUCAAUUCCUCACAUGGUAGGUUUAUCCCGUCCAGAAGCUAAUUAUGUUUCACUAGACGAGUCAUUCAUCCAAUUAUUAAUAGCUGAAAAUUAUAGACUGUGUGGCUAUUAUUCCUUAGAAAAUGUUAAAAAACGAGAAGAAGAAGAACGAAUUCGAGAAGAAAAAUUUGAAAAAGCAAAAGCAUUGAAUGAUUUUGAAACAAUAGAAGCCAUUAAAUAUGAAGAUAUUCUUCUUCAAUCAAAACAUAUUGAAAUGGAACUAGAUAAACCAAAUUCUGGACAACGAACUUUAUAA